AUGAUAAACUAAAUAGAAAAAGUAACCCAUAAAAAAGAAAAUUUAUGUUGGUUAUGUACUAUACUAAAGUUUAAUAAUCCUUUUGCAUUUAUUUUUGGGAUAUCAGAAAAAGAAACAUAAAUAGCUUAGAAAGGAUUAGAAAAUAUAAUGAGUUGGUUUUAUGUAAACAAAUGCUUUUUAUGGAAUUUAUAAAGAUAAGAAAUAUAAUACGAA